CCGUUGGUAUGAGGUUCUUACUGUGGAAUGCAGUGUUUGGUGUUCGCCAGGCAUAACGGGACCCAUGUCGUUCAAAACGUUAUACUUUUGACUCAUUUGUUCACAGAACAUUCUUCCAAGAGUCUUGAUGAUCAUCCAGGUGCUUCCAGGGGCUGUUCGGGAAACUCGAGUCAACUUUUGGGACGUGAUGGGUCCCAUUUAUGUCUGAUAACAAUCAAACACUGCAUUCCAUAUAAGUUGUCUGUUGUUUUAAUGUGAGACUGAAUGUGUGUGUUCCAGGGGAGGUGUUCCUCAUGAUGGAACAGAUGAAGGUGUCUGUAGCAGACCUGGACUCUGUCCCUCUAGACCACGUGAACCGUGACUUCCAGGAGGUGUGUCUGGAGCGGGAUGGGGAGGUGCUGCUGCAGUUUGCAUCCGUCUAUGGCUUCAGGAACAUCCAGACUCUGGUCCACCGCAUGAGGACAGGACACAUCCCCUACCAACUGGUGGAGGUGCUGUCAUGCCCCGGCGGCUGUGUGAGUGGUCGUGGGCAGGCGGAGGGAGAGACAGGGGGUCGGGUGGACAAGGCCUUGGUUCAGCAGAUGGAGGACGCCUACAGCAGUCUAACAGUCAGGCUGCCUGACACAAACCCUGACCUACUCAUACUCUACCAGGAUUGGCUGGAGGGACAGGACUCAACGCAUGCCAACACACUCCUACACACACAGUACACACAGCAGACCCCCAGCCAGACACAGACACACAUACAGUGGUGAGACACACACACACACAAACCCAAACACACCUCAACAUCCAAAAGCCCAAUCAAUCACUGACCCUCUGUCUUCUAAGGACCCACUGCAGUGGUUUCCAUAGGUACCAUUGUAUAGGCGGGGAUGGCCAGAGGGCCUGGAUGCUGUGUUUGUGUUCCGAUGUACUGCUCUCGAGUGUUGUGGAGGCUGAUCCAUUGCUUUCACCAUUUAGGGGAAACAGCAAAUAUUUGUGCUUUGUUCCAGAGGGAAUUCAUUAUGUUGGUAGUGUGGCUGCCAUUUGCAAUGCACGUGUUCAUCCAUGUCAUGAGCACUGGAAUUAUCUUAGCUAUAUGAUGUCCAAAUGAGAUCCACUCACCGGACAGUUUAUUAGGUAUACCACCCUGUUCACAAAAAUGGAUCACUUCUACAGACAGUGAGUCACGUGGCCUUGGCUUACUAUAUAAAGCAGGCAGACAGGCAUCGAGGAUUUCAGUUACUGUUUGAUUGAACGUUAGGAUGGGCAAAACGAGUGACCUAAAUGACUUUGAGCGUGGUACGAUCGCUGUUUCCAGGCACACCGGAUUCAGUAUCUCAGAAAUGGCCGCCCUCCUGGGAUUUUCCUGCACCAUAGUGUCUAGGGCAAAGCUCUGCAACAGGUCGAUCGCGGACUACGAGUAGCUCACAGCCCACCUACGAGUAGCUCACAGCCCACCUACGAGUAGCUCGCAGUCCACCUACCAGUAGCUCGCAGUCCACCUAUCAGUAGCUCGCAGUCCACCUAUCAGUAGCUCGCAGUCCACCUAUCAGUAGCUCGCGGUCCACCUACCAGUAGCUCGCGGUCCACCUACGAGUAGCUCGUGGUCCACCUACGAGUAGCUCGCGGUCCACCUACGAGUAGCUCGCAGUCCACCUACGAGUAGCUCGCAGUCCACCUACGAGUAGCUCGCAGUCCACCUACCAGUAGCUCGCAGUCCACCUACCAGUAGCUCACAGUCCACCUACCAGUAGCUCACAGUCCACCUACCAGUAGCUCACAGCCCACCAACAGUAGCUCACAGUCCACCUACCAGUAGCUCACAGUCCACCUACCAGUAGCUCACAGUCCACCUACCAGUAGCUCACAGCCCACCUACCAGUAGCUCACAGCCCACCUACCAGUAGCUCACAGUCCACCUACCAGUAGCUCACAGUCCACCUACCAGUAGCUCA